GCCAACUUCGGGAGAAAAUGCUUGGAAUUCCGUUUCCGCUUUAGGGAGUGGACGCAGAUUUUUCUGUUUUUAGUAACUCUAGGCUAACUUUUCUCUGCACAUCUGUCCAUACUGAAGCAUCUUGGAUUCAUAUAAUUUUACGACAAUGGCCUCUUCGCCUCAGAAGUCCCCGUCCUCUCCAAAAUCCCCGACGCCAAAGUCUCCGUCCUCCCGAAAGAAAGAUGACUCUUUUCUGGGCAAACUCGGUGGAACUUUGGCCAGGAGGAAAAAAGCUAAAGAAGUUUCAGAUCUCCAGGAGGAAGGGAUAAAUGCCAUCAACCUUCCUCUAAGCCCCUCCCACUACGAGCUGGACCCUGAGGACACUAUGCUUGAGGAGAAUGAGGUGCGGACUAUGGUAGACCCCAACUCCAAGAAUGACCGGAAACUACAGGAGCUCAUGAAGGUGCUGAUCGACUGGAUCAAUGACGUUCUAGUGGGAGAGAGGAUCAUUGUGAAAGACCUGGCUGAAGAUUUAUAUGACGGACAGGUGCUGCAGAAGCUUUUUGAAAAACUGGAGGGUGAAAAGCUGAAUGUGGCAGAGGUGACGCAGUCGGAGAUCGCUCAGAAGCAGAAGCUGCAGACUGUGUUGGAACGAAUCAACGACUCCCUCAAACUGUCCACAAGAAACAUCCGCUGGAACGUCGACUCGGUCCAUGCCAAAAGCAUUGUGGCUAUUUUGCACCUGCUGGUGGCGCUGUCUCAACACUUCAGGGCGCCCAUCAGAUUACCUGACCAUGUGUCUAUUCAGGUGGUGGUCGUACAGAAACGGGAGGGCAUCCUUCAGUCCAGACAGAUCCAGGAAGAGAUCACUGGGAACACAGAGGCUUUCUCUGGCAGGCACGAGCGUGAUGCCUUUGACACUCUCUUUGACCACGCGCCCGACAAACUCAACGUGGUCAAAAAGACGCUAAUCACAUUUGUCAACAAACAUCUGAACAAGCUCAACCUCGAGGUGUCAGAGUUGGAUACACAGUUUGCAGAUGGUGUUUAUCUGGUACUUUUGAUGGGGCUGUUGGAGGGAUACUUUGUGCCGCUUUACAACUUCUUUCUGACGCCUGAGAAUUUUGAUCAAAAGGUCCACAAUGUGUCCUUCUCCUUUGAGCUGAUGCAGGACGGGGGACUGGAGAGGCCCAAGCCACGGCCAGAGGAUAUUGUGAACUGUGAUCUGAAGUCCACACUGCGUGUCCUCUACAACCUGUUCACCCGCUACAGAAAUGUGGACUGAGCACUCUGCAACAUCAGAGGGAAGCGCAGAGCUGAAAACACCAUUUUCAUGUUUGUCUGUGUUUGUCGUAAUGUUAUUUUGCUAUUUGGUUUCCUUUAAGGACUUGCUUGUGCCAUAAAUAGUUAUGUGGCGUUGGAAUUGCGUCGAGAUCCCUUUAAGACUUAAGCCAAUCCUUGGAUAUUGUUUUAUAUAAAUAUGAGAUGUCUUACUUCCAUUCAGUGUUAUAAAGGGGAUUUUUAUAAAACUACAACACUUGUUUUUUUAACCAAAAGAGGACAUGCUAUUUGUAUUUAUUGUACAUUAUAUUGCUUUUUACUGUUGAUCAUGAUUUAUGCAUUCUCUAUGUCUUCCUUGAACAUUUCAAAUAUUUGACCAAAUUGUAUAUGUGUGUAUGUAUUAUAUUCCAACUUUUAGUUUAACUCCAAAAGACAAACGUCUCUCAGAAUGCUCAUCAAACUUUAGUAACACUUACAGGUGAAAUAACACAUGGUGUGGGCAUAAAGAUUUGAGCAGAUUUUUAUUCAAAUUCACUUUAAGUGUUUGUGUUAUUGUGAAGUGAAAGGGAGAACCCAUGAUGUUUAUGAAUACUGAACGUUAUCCAUGUUGUCUGAUCCAACAGACGAGCCACAAGUAUGAGUUAAAGCGGUUUUAGCAUUCCUAUUGUAUGUGUAUGUUUAACAUCUGCAAUAAUGUGCAGGUGAUCAUACUGUUUCCAGAUUGGUGCACUACAUCAUCUUGUAUCACAUUCCUCGAGGUACAUCCAGUCAGCAGUUCUCAUAAUAACCUAAAAUCUAACCUAAAAUAUAGUCUGUGUUUAUUCAUGUUUUUCAUCAGAAACAUAAAAGCCACAAAUGCACUCAGCCAUCAGCUGCCAGCACAUUCCCUCUUAUUCUUUUACAUCGAUUUGUUUUAAUGCAGCGCUUUCAAUAAAUCUAUUAUUCUCUCA